AUGGGGGGCAGAACAGCAAACAAGGCGGCUUACUUCGACAAGCUCAAGACACUGCUCGAGGAAUACAAGUCAAUCUUCAUCGUUACAGUCGAUAACGUCAGCUCUCAGCAAAUGCACAAGAUUCGAAAGAGUAUGAGAGGCACCGGUGACGUCAAGGGUGUGAUAUUGAUGGGCAAGAAUACUAUGGUUCGUCGUGCCAUCAAAGGAUUCAUAAGUGAUUUCCCGGAGUACGAACGAUUGCUACCCCACGUCAAAGGCAAUGUCGGCUUCAUAUUCACAAAUUCUGAUCUCAACCAGGCUCGUGACCUAAUACUUUCCGAGAAAGUUGCGGCUCCAGCUAGAGCAGGUGCUGUAGCGCCCCUGGAUGUCUUUGUACCGGCAGGUAAUACAGGCAUGGAGCCAGGCAAGACCUCCUUCUUUCAGGCGCUUGGUGUCCCCACAAAGAUCGCUCGUGGUACCAUCGAAAUCACUACAGAUUUGAAGCUCGUCGAAGCUGGUUCGAAAGUUGGUGCCUCCGAGGCAACUUUGCUGAAUAUGUUGAACAUAUCUCCAUUCACAUAUGGCAUGAGUAUCGCGCAGGUAUACGAUGGGGGACAAACCUUCGCCCCAUCUGUGCUCGAUAUUACGGAUGAGCAACUUAUGAAAGCGUUUUCUUCAGCCAUCGCGACCAUCACUACCAUCUCACUCGCAGCAAACUAUCCCACGCUACCUUCGAUCAUGCAUUCACUAGUCAAUGGCUACAAGAAAGUCUUGGCCGUCGCAGUUGAGACGGACUAUAGCUGGGACGGCAUUGAUGAAUUGAAAGAUCGCAUCGCCAACCCGGAUGCUUAUGCAGCGGCUGCGCCAACGGCUGCCGCGGAGACAGAGGACAAGCCCAAAGAGGAGGAAAAGAAGGAAGAAUCAGAGGCUGAAUCGAGUGACGAAGGAGGUACUGUGCUAUGUGGCUGCAUCGCAAAAUUCGACGCUAAUGUUCUCCAGGAUUCGGUGGUCUUUUCGACUAGGAUAUCUAGCAAAAUCAAACCAGAAGAUCAAACCCUGCCAAUACUACUACUCCCAGUCCACGAGUCAUUGAUCUGA